CGGAAGCAGCAGCAGCGGAGUGUGUGUGUGUGUGUGUGUGUGCAGUCAUUGAGGAGGCUGGCAGGAUAGCUUCCAUUCAGUCAGUGUGAGACCUGCCCAGUGAGCCGGGACAUGCGGCGGUGUGGACGGUCCGGUCCCGUGUCUUUAGACGCACAGAGUUGAGUGUGCUGGAGCUCAGGUGAGGCCAGGUGAGAUGUCAGGGCAGAGAGUGAGGGAGCUGCAGGCUGCAGCCGACGCACCCAGAGCAGCAGGCAGCCCGGCAGACGCAGCUAUCGUGGGGAUGCUGAAGGAUCUGGACGAUAUGAAAGUCCGGUAUGAGAAAAUGGUGUCGGAGCUGCUUCACUGGAUCAGAACCAAGGUGGUGCAGCUGAACGACAGGAGCUUCCCCAACUCUCUGAGGGAGAUGCAGACGCUGAUGUCGGCCUUUAAGAUGUAUCGCACCGUGGAGAAACCUCCGAAAUACCAGGAACGCGGGGCGAUCGAGGCUCAUCUGUUCAGUCUGAAGACUCAGCUGGCAGCCAACAACCAAUGGGCUUACGUUCCUCCAGAGGGUAAAACCGUGGGUGACAUAGAGAAGAGCUGGGUUUUGUUGGAGAGAGCUGAGCAUGAGAGAGAGCGAGCCCUGCAGGGGGCGCUGCUGCGGCUGCAGAACCUGGAGCAGCUGGCCCAGAAGUUCGCCAGGAAGGCGGCGCUGAGGGAGAACUACGUGGAGGACACGCUGCGGCUGAUCCGCCGGCAGGACGUCCGGGCGCUGUCUCUGUCCGGCCUGGAGGAGGCGCUGGCGGCCCGCCGCAGUCUGGAGGCGCUGAACGCCGACGUCCAGGCCAGAGAGCCCCGGUUCAGUGCCCUGAGAGAGAUGGCAGAGAGCAUCGAGAGAGGAAACUACCACAGCAAGGAGCAGGUGAUGAGCAGGGAGCAGAGUAUCAGCCGGCGUUGGAAGAACCUGUUGCAGCAGCUGGAGGAGCAGAGAGGGCUGCUGGGAAAUGUAGUCCAAAGUCUGAGUGUCCUCCGAGACAUCGAGCUGGUCUCCCAGGAGCUCCAAGAGCUGCAGGCCCAGGCCGGCUCCACAGAGCUGGGGAAGCAGCUGGCCGAGGUGGAGUCUCUGCUGCAGAAACAGGACCUGCUGGAGGCUCAGAUCUCCGCUCACGGAGAAACCAUCAGCUCCAUCAGCAGCUCGGCGCUCAAGGUGAAGGUGACAGAAGGUCAGCAGGUUCACAUCAGGGUCAAAGCUCUGGAUGCUCAGUACAAAUCUCUGGUGUCUCUCAGCAGCAGCAGGAGGAGGCAGUUGGAGGCUCAGCUGCGGCUCUUUGAGUUUUUCCGGGACUGUGAGGAGUUGGAGGCGUGGCUGUACGAGCGCUGGCUGCCGCUGCAGACCGCCGGCCUGGGACGCGACCUCAGCCACAUCCAGCUGGCUGCACACAAACACAAGGUGCUGGAGGCGGAGCUGCAGGCCCAGCAGGCUCUGUUCCAGGGAGUUGUGGGCCGGGGCCAGGACCUGCUGGCGAGGCCGAGCCCGGAGAGCCAGCGGGCCGUGCAGAAGUGGAUCCGAGCCCUGAAGAAGCAGUGGAGCCGGCUGAGCGACGAGGUGGCGGCCCGACGCAGCCGCCUGCAGGCCGCCGCCACCAUCAAGCAGUACUUUGCAGACGUGGCGGAGGCCAACUCCUGGCUGGGCGACAGGAAACCGCUGCUGACCAGCGAGGAUCAUGGGAAAGACGAGUUGAGCACGGCGGCACUGCUGCAGCGCCACCUGCGGCUGGACAAGGAGAUGGCGGCUUACGGCUCAGAGAUGAAGAGGCUGACGGAGCAGGCGAAGAACGCUGCACAGCUGACUGCUCUCACUGCGGAGCCUCAGCAGAGCAAGAAGACCCAGUACAGCGACUCAUCUGAUGAGGAGGAGGGGCCUGGCUCUGUGACAUCAUCACCCAGCGCCAGAGGUGGGACGGGUGCUGGGAGGCAGGAGAGCAAAGCCAAGGUCCGCUUCAGAUACAGCAGAGGCUCGGUGCCCUGGGACAGGAACGAGGUCGUGAGCGUCAUCAGCUCAGAGCCGGACGGAGACAAAGUCCUGGCCCGAGACAGCAGAGGAAACCAGCAGCUCAUCCCCAAAACCUACCUGAACCUGCUGCCGGCCGCCGCUCCGCCCCAAACCCCUCCCCUCUCCACCAGUGGCGCGGCAGAAAGCCCGAGCAGGAAGCUGAGCGCCCCGAGGCGGAGCCGCUCGAUGCGGCGCAGCACGACGGAGAUCCAGACAACAUGGCUGCCCGACCCGCAGUACCAGAGGGACGCCGUGGAGGCGGCGCAGAGCGGCCUGGAGCAGGACUACAGCGCCCUGCACAGCCUGCUCAAGUCGAAGCUGAGGAGUCUGGAGGAGACGCUGCGUCUGCAUCGUUUCUACAGCAGCUGUCAGGAGUUUGAGUCCUGGAUGGAAGACAAGGAAAACGUCCUGAACACCUUCAGUGGCUCCGCCCACGACGUGGCGGCGGUGCAGGCCAAAUACGAGAACUUCCUGACUGAGCUGGCGAGUGGGCGGGGCCAGCUGGACGACGUCAUGCGGCUGGCGGAGGAGCUGGUGAAGAGCCGGCACAGUAAACACAGAGAGAUCCAGGCCAGGCAGAGACAAAUCUCCAACAGGUGGGAUCGGAUCCAGCGGCUGAAGGACGAGAAAGGCCACGAGUUGCUCAGCACGGCGGACGUCCGGUCCUUCCUGCAGAGCUGCGAGGAGGCGAAGGUGCAGCUCCGAGGCCAGCUGGCCCACCUGGACACGGUGGACGUGGGCUGCACCCUGCCCACCCUGCGGGCCGAGGAGAAGAACCAGGCUCAGGCCCUCAGAGACAUCCAGGCCCUGGAGGGGAAGAUCGCCUACCUGAAGAGCGUCGCCAAGAUGAAGCAGGACUGCAGCCCGGCGGAGAGUGCAGCCAUCCUGGAGGAGGUUCGGGCGCUGGAGGCUCUGCUGGAGCAGGUGAAGCAGCAGGCGGCUGACAGACAGCGCCUCCUGGAGGAGGCCAGGAGGCUGCAGAGCUUCCAGCAGCAGGCCAAGGAGCUGCAGCGCUGGAUGGGAUCUGUGCAGGACCGCCUCCUGCAGGAGGAGCCCGCCGCUGACAUGGCCUCAACCGUCGCCCUGCUGGAGCAACACGAGGAGCUGCAGCGGGAGAUGGAGGGGCAGAGGAGCAGGAUGACGGAGGUGGAGAAGCUGGGCAAAUCUCUGCAGCGGGGUUCCUCCCGCGGGACGAGAGGAGGCGUCGACAUCCAGCAAACCGUGGAUAAGCUCGCUGCCGAUUGGUCGAAGCUGGAUGGGAUGUGGGCCAGUAGGAUGGGGCGUCUGAUAGAGGUGCAUAUGUGGCAUUUGCUCAACCAUGACGGAGACCGGAUCGAGGCGGCGCUGUCCGGACACGAGGCCCGGCUCAGGGUCAGGGAUGUCGGGGACUCGGUGAACAGCGUUCACAGUCUGCUGGGUCGGCAGGACGAGCUGGAGGGUCUGCUCAAGGCUCUGGACCAACAGAUCAGCUGCUUCACCGAGACGAGCCAAGAGCUGGUGGCCAAACGGCACCACGCCGCCGAACACAUCCAGCAGAGGAGCAGCAGCAUCCAGGAGGCCAACAGGAGGCUGAGAGAGAGCAGCAGGCAGAGGAGGAGUCUGCUGCUGGCCUCCAGGAAGUACCAGGAGUUCCAGCGGGAUGCGGACGAGCUGCUGCUCUGGAUGGAUGAGAAGUUCAAGGUGGCGGAGGACGAGUCGUACCGCGACCCGACCAACGUCCUCAGGAAGCUGAAGAGACACGAGGCGGCCGAGAAAGAGAUGCAGGCCAACCAGGUGUGGCUGGAGAGGCUGGUCCAGGCGAGUCAGGACAUGCUGGCUCAGGAGCACUACAGCAGUCAGAGUAUUGGCAGGACGCUGGUGGAGCUCAGCAGCAGGUGGAACGACCUUCAAGACAAGAUGGCCGACCGCGGAGACAAGCUGAGACAGGCGGGCCAGCAGGAGCAGCUGAUGGAGCUGCUGCAGGAUGCCAAGCUGAAGAUCGAGGCCAUCCAGCGGAUGCUGCACAACGCUGUCAAAGGUCACGACCUUCGCUCCAGCAGACAGCUGCUCAAGGAGCACCAGCAGCUGGAGCAGGAGGCCAAGGAGCUGGCCGACAAGAUCCACUCCAUCGUCAGCAGAGCCAAACACCUCGCCUCCAACCACUUUGACUCCCAGAGGAUCCUCCAGGAGACCGACACCUACCUGAGACUGUUCGAGUCCCUGCAGAAGCCUCUGGACCAGCGGCGAGCCCAGCUGGAGGCCUCCGUGCGGCUGUUUGGUUUCUACCACGACGUGGACCUGGAGCUCAGCUGGAUCUCUGAACACUUCCCCGCCUCGGCCGCCACGGGCCACGACAAGACGCUGGCCGGAGCCAUCAGCCUCAUGCAGAAACACAAGGAGUUGCAGGCGGAGGUGAAUGCCCAUCGUAAACACCUGAGCCGCAUCUUGGAGAAGGGGCGGAGCCUGGCAAAAGCCAGCCAGUCAGAUGGAGAAGAGGUGCUGCAGAGGUGCAGUCAGCUGAGCGCUGAGUGGGAGGAGCUUGAGGAAGCCUGCGAGACGAGAUCAGCUCACCUCAGCAAAGCUAUCACCAGGGAGCAGCUGCUGUUGGACUGCGCCGAGCUGGAGUCCCGGCUGGCAGAGACCCUCAGCCUGGUGAACACCGACGACUACGGCAAGAACCAGCUGGCCACCCAGAGCCUCAUCACAAAACACCAGGUGUUGGUGGGGCAGCUGGAGGUGCUGGAGGUGGAGGUGGAGGAGCUGGGAGACCAGGUGGAGCAGGCGGUUCAGACCUGGAGGCUGGAGGAGCUCAGCAGGCCGUUUAACCGUCUGAGCAGCCUGGCACAGCAGCUGCAGCACCUGGCAGCUCUCAGAGGUCAGAGGCUCAGGGAAGUCCUCCACCUGCACGAGUUCAGACGGGAGUCUUCAGAGUUUGAGGACUGGAUGAACCAGCAGAGACAGAUGGCAGAAUCUCAGGAUCUGGGAAACGACUACCAGCAUGUUCAGCUGCUGCGUGGGAAGUUUGACGGUUUCGUGAAGCAGCUGGAUGUCGGAGAGGAGAGGCUGCAGAGCUGCAGCGACGUGGCCAACAGGCUGAUCCACAACAAACACCCACAAUCCCCUGCUGUCAGGGAGAGUCUGCAGCAGCUCAGUGCAUGCUGGGAGGAUUUAAGGGGUGUGGCUGCACAGCGUCAGGACCAGCUGCUGAGAGCUGAAGAAUGUCAUCGUUUUUACCAGGAGCUGAGCGACGCCCUGACUCUCAUCCGGGAGCGUCAGAAGAGCAUCCCAGACGACGUCGCCAAGGAUCUGAGAGGAGUGACGUCCCAGCUGAGGAAACAUGAGGCUCUGGUCCACGAACUGGCCGCCACAGAGCAGCAGCUCCAGGAGCAGCUGGAUAGAGUCGACUCCAUCCUGGACCUCUGCUGGCCUCACCUGAGGCUCCGCCUACAGGAAGUGCAGCAGGAGGUGGUGGAGAGGUGGGAGGAGCUCCGACUUCACACGGAGCAGAGGGAGGCGGAGCUAAAACGGGCCUGUCAGAGAUACCAGUUCCUCAACACGGCGCAGGACUACUUCCUGUGGUGCAGCCAGCUGAUUGGCUCGAUGGCUGCGGAGGAGAGCAUCAGCGACGUGGCGACGGCCGACCUGCAGCUGGCCCAACACCAGCAGCUCCGAGCCGAGAUGGAGGCCAGGGACGAGAGCUACCAGCGAGCCCUGGACAUGGGAGAGGAGCUGCAGGAGCAGGACAGAGCUCACAGGAAGGAGACAGUGCAGCGGUGUGUUUCUCGGUCCUGCCAGGUGUUGGAGAAGCUGCAGGCCCUGCAGGUGGAGCGGGAUCGCCUGGAGGAGCAGUGGAACAGGAGGCAGCGCUGGUUGGAGAGCGUCCACCAGGAGCAGGUCUUCUACAGGGACGCCAGCAGCAUGGACAAGACCUGCAGCUCGCAGGAGAUCCUGUUGCAGAGCAGCACUCUGGGAGGCACGGUGGACGAGACGGAGGGUUUGAUCAAACGACACGAGGCCUUCGAGAAGCUGCUCGGCUCCCAGGAGGACAAGCUGUCGUGUCUGAAGGAGCUGGCCGAGCGUCUGAAGAGCGAGCUGAGCAGAGACGAGAGCGGGCGGAUCCAAGCCAAGCUCAAGGCUCUGCUGCGUCGGCGUGACAAGAUCAAGGAGCUGUCCGUCAAACGCAGGGAGGAGCUGGAGCUCUCCAGGCUGCUGUGCAUCUUCAACCGCAACGCUGCUGAGGCGGAGGAGUGGGUGGAGGAGCGGAUGCAGAAGAUGGCGGAGGACGGGAAAGCCGACCUCAGCAGCCUCCAGACCAAGAUGAAGCUCCUGCAGAAGCACCAGGUGUUUGAGGCUGAGAUCCUGGCACACAGCAAGAUCAUCAGCUCCGUGCUGCAGGCCGGGGAGGAGCUGGUCUCCCUUCACCAUCCCCAGGCCAGGGAAGUGCGUCGGAGCACCGCCGCCCUGAAGCUCCACUGGGAGGAGCUGAAGAAGGCUGUGGCCGCCCGAGGGAAGGUUCUGGAAGACAACCGAGACUUCCUGGAGUUCCUGCAGAAGGUUGGAGAGGUGGAGGCGUGGAUACGACACAAGGAGGUGAUGAUCAGUGUGGGGGAUGUCGGGACAGACUACGAGCACGGUGUUCAGCUGCUGAAGAAACUCAGCGAGUUCAGAGGGACAGGCGCUGGGGAGGUGACGGUGGACGACGCCCACAUCACCGCCAUCAAUACACUGGCAGCCAGACUGGAGAAGAGGCAGAGCGCCGAUGAACUGCUCACUGUCAGACAGAGGAAACAGCAACUUAAUGACAGGUGGAGUAAGUUCCAUGGAGAUCUGAGCAGUUACAAGAAGAAGCUGGAGGAGGCGCUGGUGGUCCACGCCCUCAUCAGAGAGCUGGAGGAGGUCCGAGACAGAGCCAAUGAGAAGAUGCUGCUCCUGCAGGGUCAGGACUGUGGUUUUGAUGUGGAGAGUGUGGAGAACCUGAUACGACGACAUGAGGAAACCGAAAGAGAGGCUGGGGUCAUCCAGGAGAGGUCAAAGGUCCUGGACAGGGAGGUCUCCGAUCACCUGAAGGCCCGAUCGGUCAUGACAGACAAACUGAAGAAAAAACAGAAGGAGGUCCAGUCUGCACUCAAGACGCUGGACAAGCAAGUGAAGCUCAGGAAGGAGAAGCUCCAGGAGGCCCACCAGCUGCAGCUGUUUAAAGCCAACCAGCGCCUCCUGCUGGAGUGGAGUGUCAAGCAGAGCAGUGACAUGGGAGAGAGGGGCCUUCCGAAGAGCAGGACUGAGGCAGACCGGCUCAUAGUGGAGCAUCAAGACUGGAAGACGGAGAUAGAUGCCCGCGCCGAGCGCAUCGACUCUGUCCAGGACUUCGGUCUGGGUCUGGUCCGGUCGGGUCACAGUUUGAAGACAGAGAUCCAGAAGGCCCUGAACCAACUGGAGGAGGCCAAGACCGGGUUGGACCGAGCCUGGAUCAACCGCAAGACCACCCUGGAGCAGGCCCGCGCCCUGCAGAUCUUCCUGAGCUCCGUGGAGCAAUGUGAGAGCUGGCUCAGCAACAAGGAAGCCUUCCUGGCCAAUCAGGACCCGGGGGGCUCGGUGACCGAGGUGGAGACGCUGCAGAGGAAACACGGCCAGUUUGAGGAGGCUCUGGAGGCCCAGACGGACCAGCUGGACCAGGUGGACAGACUGGCCCAGAACAUGAUCCAGCAGAGCCACUACGACACUGACAGCAUCAGAGCCAAGAGCAAGGCACUCGCCACCAGGAGGAAGCAGCUGCUGCAGCAGAGUAAAGCUCGUCACAAAGCUCUGGACCAAUCCCUGCAGCUGCAGCAGUUCCUGUCCAGCAGCUACCAGGUGUGUGUGUGGCUGAACGAGCGUAACGCCGUGGCGUUGGAUGAGAACUGGAGAGAACCAACCAACCUUCAGGCCAAACUGCUCAAACAGCAGAGCUUCGAGGCCGAGAUCCUGGCCAACCGCUACAGGGUGGACGCACUCAUCCAGGAGGGAGAGCGGCUGCUGGCCGGCGGCCACCCGGCAGAGGAGAAGCUCCGCCCACGACUCAGAGAGCUGAGCGACGGCUGGGACGCCCUGAUCCACAACUGCCAGGAGAAGAAAACACGCCUGCAGCAAGCCUACCAGGCGCUGCAGUUCCAGCGCUCCCUGGACGACAUGGAGGAGUGGGUGGGCUCCGUGGAGAGGGAGCUGGCCAGUGAGGACUGUGGAAGCGACCUGCCGUCCGUGGGCCGGCUGCUGAAGGCUCUGCACGGGCUGGAGGAGGAGCUGGACGGACACCGAGACAGAAUCCAGAGCCUGGUGGACGCAGCAAAAAGCUUCCAGUCUCAGGGAAACUUCUUGGCUGAGGAGAUCCAGACCAGAGUGGCACACACCAUCAGCAGGUUCACGGGGCUGUCGCGGCCCCUGCAGAGUCGCAGGGAAACCCUGGAGGCCUGGCAGCUCCUGUUCCAGUUCAGCAGAGACCUGGAGGAGGAGGUGGCCUGGCUGAGCGACCGCCUGCCGCACGCCGCCGCCAGAGACUGGGGAGACACGCUGGGCAGCGCGCAGCAGAUGGUUAAAAAACACCAGGCGAUGAUGCAGGAGAUCUCGAGCCGCGCCCCACUGGUCCAGGCGGUCCAGGAGGCGGGACAGAGUCUGGUCAGAGGUCGGCACUUUGCGUCUCAUGACAUCAGGGAGCGUCUGGAGGAGCUGAGGAGCCUCUACGAGCAGCUGAGGACCGAGGCUGAGAACAAGGGCAAGCUCCUGCAGGAGGCGCUCAGCAUCCACACCUUCCUCACUGAGGUGUCGGAGCUGGAGUUGUGGCUGGAGGAGCAGCAGGUGGCGCUGGAGUCCCGGGACUGUGGGAAGAGCGAGGAGGCGACGCAGGGCCUGCUGAGGAGGCUGGACUCCCUGAACGUGGAGCUGGAGAACCAGAGGACGACGGUGGAGAGGCUGCAGGAGACCGGAGCCUCGCUGCAGCAUCUGGGACAUCCAGACAGCCACCUGGUCGCUCAGUCCCUCCCGGACGUCCUGGAACAUUACCAAGCUCUGCUUCGCCUCUGUGCCGCGCACCGCGCCGCCCUGGAGGACCAGCUCCGCCUCUACGUGUUUGAGAGAGAAGCCAAAGAACUACAAACAUGGCUGACCUCCAAGAAGGUGGCGGCAGAGUCCAAGGACUGCGGACAGGAUCUGGAGGAUGUAGAGGUGCUCCAGAAGAAGCUGGAGGUUCUGGUGUGUGAAAUGUCGGGUCUGGGCCGGAGCCGGCUGGCCUCGGUGCAGCAGCUGGGCCGGGGGCUGCAGCAGGCCGGACCGGCCCAGAGGAGGGAGGAGGCCGUCAGCCGACUGUGGGACGACCUCAACGACACCAUCAAGACCAGAGAACAGAAUCUGCGUUCAGCAAAGGAAGUUCACCAGUUCAACCACGACGUAGACGAGCUGAAGACCUGGAUGGCUGAGAAGGAGGCCGUGCUGGACUCGGAGGACCCGGACCACGACCUGCACUCCAUCCAGACGCUGCUGAGACAACAUGAGGCCCUGGAGCGAGACCUGGCGUUGAUUUCGGAGGAGGUGUCCAGGAGCAGGGAGGAGGGCAGGGCUCUGCGCAGACGGCAGCCCCAGGCCCGGGCCGCUGUGGACGGGAGGCUGGAGGAUGUGGGGGUCUGCUGGACCGGCCUGCAGGACAAGGCGGCCCGGCGCCGGGCCAGGCUGGGCCAGGCUGAAGCCGUACACAGAUACCUAACCCACUGGACCGAACUCAUGGCCUGGCUGAGGGAGAUGCUGUCCCUGGUGCAAGGGGAGGCGCAGGGAGGGGAGGGAGCUGACCUGGAACAGCUGAUCAAAAAGCAUGAGGAGUACCGGGUGCAGAUUGACAGGCAGCUCUGCAAAUCACAGACUGUGAAAAGUGAAGGGCGCCGCCUGGUGGAGGAGGGCAGCUUCAUGAGCCAGGAGGUGGAGGAGCGUCUGCGGGAGCUGGAGGAGCUGGAGGCGCGGGUCACUCAGGUGUGGCAGGACACCAGGUUGCUGUAUGAGGAGGAUCUGGAGAUCCUGCUCCUGCAGAAGGAGCUGGAGCAGGCGGAGCGCUGGCUCAGCUCCUACGAGAGCUCGCUGAGAGCCGAGGACUACGGGGACUCGGUGUCUGAUGUCCUGGAGCUGCUGAAGAAGCAGGAGGACCUGGAGGCCAUGAUACAGGCGCAGAGCGACCGCUUCAUCACACUACAGAAGAAGAAAACACAGAGGGAGAAGAGACUCGGUCGUCAUGGUGACGAUGACAAGGAGGCUCCAGACAGGAAGCCUCCGGCGAGAGUCUCCUCCCUGAAGAGGAAGCCGUCAGAUCCCAAGGCUCCACCUGCCCCUUGGUCUCCUUCUAAACCCGUCGCCCGUCGAGUCAGCGGCGGCAGGCAGGCGGCCCGAACGAGCAGGCGGGCCACGGCAGACCGACAGGCGGCCGAGAGAACAGAGAGACAGCUGGCGACCGGUCUCACCCCCGCCACCAGCCCUCCUCCCAGCCCGUCUCUCUCUGCCGGCUCUCGGAGGUCCAGCAGCAGCAGCAGCAGGAGGAGGUUUGUGAAGUGGGAGAACGAAGAGGAAGGAGAGGCUCCCGGCCCUGCUGGGAAGUCCUGGAGGAGCCAAACCCAACCGUCUAACCCCGAAUCUAAACCUCCCGUCUCACCUCGACCCUCUUUCUUCUCCUUGUCGUCUUCCAAACCUCCCCCCUCCCCCUCCGCCUCACCUGAGUUAGACCGUCCCGCCACAGCCAAACCGCCCAAACCGCUGGCUCCAAAGCCCAGAAUCUCCCUCAAAGAGCAAAAUGUAGGACGUCCCACUGAACCCGCCCCAUCACAGCCCUCCAACCCACCACAGGCACCUUCCAGCCCACCUGACUCACCUCCACCAAUCAGAAAGCUUGUUGCUCCGACUGAACCGCCACCCCCACCGAUCACAGAAACACCUGCUCCUCCGGUAAGGAAACAUCUCACUAAAUCAUCAGCGGAGCAGAAACAGCCGGAUCUUCCUGACUCUGCAGCUCCUGGCUCGCCUCCUGUUACAGCAAUCAGGGAGGAGGACACCCGGUCACCUGACUGUGCUCCUCCAAUGAGAGAGCCUCCCCCGUCCCCUCCUCACCUACAGAGAAAGUCGGACGAUGUGAAAGAGGAGCCGAGGAGCCGGACUGACUCCAUGCCCGAGGUGACUGCAGGGCUGCCUCUCAGGAUGGAUGGCAUGCUGGAGAUCAAGCUGAAACAGGGAGGAAACAAGGGUCAGGAGCACUGGGAGAGUGUGUACGCCGCUCUGGAGGGGGAAACACUCCACCUGUUCAAAGACCGGACGGCCGCCGCCAAGAGGUCCUCUAGGUGGCCCCCUAUCCACGUGUCUGGAGCUGUGUGUAAGGAGAACCCGUUCUCCAGGAGGAAGGAGAACACCUUCAAACUGAUACUGGAGGACGGCAGUCAGUACGUGUUUGCGGCGUCCAGCAGAGCCGAGCAGCUGCUGUGGGUUCAGACUCUGCAGAACCUCAGCGAGUCGACGGGCAGCGACUCGGACGACUCAGGGCGAGCGUCAUCAGUCAACCUGAGUUCGGAGAGGCUGGCGGAGGGUCCGGACGAUUCAGCCUCGUCCAAACCACUGGACGGGACGGCCGACCUGGAGAGGCAGUCGUCCACAGAGAGAGAGCCUCCCCCGAAACCCCCCCACACCUACUACGACAAACACCGCUACCCGGACGGAGGGGAGGGCAGGGAAGCUGGUACACAAGGCCACCGAAGCCUGCCGAGGAGCCAGCCUCCCCCGUCGAUGCCUCCUCCUCCCCCACCAAACUCCCAGGAGCCCCCCACCUCACCUGCUCAGGUAACGGACGACACCAAGUCAAAGAUGAGCGUCUUCAAAAAGUUUUUCGCCAAGAAGUAGAUCUUGGACAGACCUCCUGUCUGCAGCCUUCGCUUUGGGAUUUGGGGAAGCCAAAUGGUGCAGGAGACACGGCUACACCCUGCCCGCUCCUUAAACACAAGCUUUUCAGCAGCUUUUCACAAAGAGCGGCCAUGCCUGUCCGAUUGACCUUCAUGAUUUCCUGUGAUUUCACUGUAGAUUUGAAAUCACUGUGAUCAUGGCAGUAACUCAACAUAUGGAGAGGAAAAUACACUUGAUAUACACGUAAAAAAGCAUGAAAUACUGAAAAUGGACACAGUGGUGGAGAGGUUUUCCAAAAGCCUUACCAGAAGCCUAGAUCAGACGACAGGAGUCUUAAAAAACAGCAGUCUAAUAAUCCUAAGAAUGAGCCAAUUAAAUUCCGCAAGUUCACUAGAAACAACAUUGAUAAUUUUAAGUCAGCCAUUAGCUCUAUCACAUGGGAUGAGGUUCUCAUGUCGCGAGAGGUGAAUCAAGCAUAUGAAUUAUUUCUAAAAUCCUUUAAUAAGGCCUUAGAUGUAUCAUUCCCCUUGGUAAGCACAAAAUCUAGAAAAAAAUCCUCAAAGGGGAAGCCAUGGAUAACUGAUGAAUUAAAAAAGCUCUCCCGGAAAAAAAAUAAACUUUAUAAGAGAUCUAUUCUUAACCCCUCCCCCACGAAUAC